AUGCUUUUCCCUUUGUGCGUCUCUGAACCUUCUGUUCCCUCCCACUUCAGUGCUCUUUUAAUCCCAAGAACCAAAAACAUGGUGGCGGAAACUCUGCAAUCCACCCUUUCCGCCCCCCCUCAAGGCGUGGCCUCGUGACCGGAAGAAGUUCCCGUUGCCAUGGGAACUCCGCGCGCGCCCUGGCGCUUGCUCUUCCACUGAGGUUCUGUUGCUGAGGCCGUAGCUGUGGGUUCCUCGACGUGUGGAGGGAGUUUUGCUGGGAGCAGCGGGUCCUCAGAGAAGAAAGACUCCCCAGAAACCCAUCCCAGAGUCGGAGACGAGUGAAUUCAUCGUCCCUUUGGCUCACCAGUUCCUGGGCUCCCUGGACUAGCCUCCGAGAUCAGUGCUUUGUAAAUAUUUGAAUCACAUUAUGGGAUUGCUAGAUAGACUUUCAGAAUUUCUUGGCCUGAGGAAGAAGGAAGUUCAUGUCUUAUGCCUGGGACUAGAUAAUAGUGGCAAAACAACAAUCAUAAAUAAGCUUAAACCUUCAAAUGCUCAAUCUCAAGAUAUAGUUCCAACAAUAGGAUUCAGCAUAGAGAAGUUCAAAUCAUCCAGUUUGUCUUUUACAGUGUUUGACAUGUCAGGUCAAGGAAGAUACAGAAAUCUCUGGGAGCAUUAUUAUAAAGAUGGACAAGCCAUUAUUUUUGUCAUUGAUAGUAGUGAUAAAUUAAGAAUGGUUGUGGCCAAAGAAGAACUUGAUACUCUCCUGAAUCAUCCAGAUAUUAAACACAGACGAAUUCCAAUCUUAUUCUUUGCAAACAAAAUGGAUCUCAGAGAUGCGGUGACAUCUGUAAAAGUGUCUCAAUUGCUGUGUUUAGAGAACAUCAAAGAUAAACCAUGGCAUAUUUGUGCAAGUGAUGCUGUAAAGGGAGAAGGAUUACAAGAAGGAAUCGACUGGCUUCAAGAUCAGAUCCAGGCUGUGAAGACGUGAGAAGAUAGUCUCUGGAAACCUCAACAGUGAAUUCAAAGGGUGUAGCUAAGGAAAACAGACUACUUUGAAUUUUUAAAAAUUGUAUGGACCUCCAAAAACAUUUUAUAAUAUUCUUACUUGUCUGUAUGGAGUCUGAAUGAGCUAUUUAAGAUCACAGGGGAUGAGGUGUACUAUUCUGGCCAUUAAUUUCAUGAAUAAUAUAUCUCCCUUCAAAAAGGACUUCCUUGAAUUAGCAGAUUCUUGGUAAAGGUCUUUGUUUAGUUGUAAUUAGAAGUUUAAAAGUCAGAGUUAUAAGUCAUCUUAAUAUCCUAUCAUGAUUUAUAAUAGUUUUAAUGUAUUUUUAAUUGUUUAAAAUUUUCAUUUGUACUAAGACUGUUACAGUGUGAACUGAAAUAUUUAUAAGGGACUACGGGUAGUUAAUAUAUUUUAAAUUUUUUACUAUCUAUCAUUAUCAAUAAAACAAAAAAUGCAUCAUACCAACUAGUAUGUUUGUUUUGUUCAUGCUGAAAAGAAUAAUUCUGUACUAAUAUGAUGUUUUACUGUCAAGCAUGUGUAAAUGAUCCAAGGCUAAGUUCAGCUGAAUGUAUUUAUUAAUAAAUACCAAACAUUUCUACACCUAAUAGUCAGGCCUACCACUAGGAAAUUAUGUUAGGGAUAUAUGUUAUACCUAGCAUCAUAGAAAUUAAAAGCUUUAAUGUGAAAUACUUUAUGUACCUUUUAUGUAUAAUAAAUAAUUUUAUUUAUUGGCUGAAGGAAAAUAUUAUACCUUUACAUCUGAGAUAUUU